AUGGUAAUUGCGCAAAAUUUUGAAGGUACAAAAUAUGUGUUUUCGACAGAUGACGUGGCCACGGCUAAUGAUAAAUUUUGCAAAUGGGCAAUAAGUAAAGAUAUGAAAGGAACAACAUACAUAGCACACAAUUCAAAAUCAUACGAUACAUAUUUUAUAAUACAAUACAUUUUAAAAUACAUGCCAACAGUCAAAUACGAAAUAAUUCGUAACGGGACAAAAGUUAUGAUGCUCGAAAUAAAAGAAGGGGGCUUGAACAUAAAAUUCAUCGAUAGCCUUAAUUUUAUACAGUCUAAACUAUCUGACUUCCCAAAAACGUUUGGACUUACAGAAGCGAAAAAAGGAUACUUUCCACAUUUUUUCAAUACUCCAGAAAAUGAAUGUUAUAUAGGACCUUUACCGAACAAAUCUUAUUACGGCUAUAAUACUAUGACAACGAAACAAAGAACAGCUUUUAUAAAUUGGCAUGAUGAAAUGACAAAUAACAAUUAUACAUUUAAUUUCAAAAAAGAGUUGGAAGAAUAUUGUAAUUCGGACGUUGACAUUCUACGAAGAGGAUGUUUAGAACUCAGAAAACAAUUUUUAGACGUGUGCAACAUUGACCCCUUUAAAUACAUAACCAUUGCGAGUGUAUGUAUGGCAAUUUAUCGGCAGAGUGACUUGUCAAAUUCCACUAUAGCAGUCGUUCAAAAUGUGAAAAAAGAGAAAUUUUCAGACGAAUCAAUCAAGUGGUUGAAAAGCAAAAUAUUAAAUGGAAAUAAAAAUAUAAAGCAUGCAUUAAACGGCGGAGAAGCUGUCAUAUGCGGUGCUAAAGUCGACGGUUAUGAUGUGUCGGAAAAAAAAGUAUAUCAGUAUCAUGGAUGUUUCUGGCAUGGCUGUCCGGAUUGCUUCAACCCUAAUGAUACAAACCCCUUUAAUAAACACUCCAUGACCGAUUUAUACAACAACACAAUUAGACGGACAACUCAAUUGAAAGAAAAUGGGUACCAAGUUGAAGAAAUAUGGAGUUGUAAAUGGAGAAAGCACGCCGAUUAUAAACAAAUGAUGCAAUAUCCAGAUGAUGUGAUUGAGCCACUAAACCCACGAGAUGCAUUUUUCGGAGGAAGAACUAACGCUACAAAAUUAAUGCUAGAAACUAGCUCUUGGAAAAAUGACUAUCGAACAGUUAAUGAUUAUAUUUUAGCAGUAAAAAAUGCAGUGGGAAUUUAUUUGGAUGUAGAAAAUAUAAAAGAAAAUCCUGGAUUAAGAGCACUUGCUAAAAUAUGCCUAAAUUCGUUUUGGGGUAAGUUUGGACAAAGACCUAAUCAAACAAAAACCGAGAUCAUAUCAAAACCGGACAGAUGGUAUCAAGUAUUGUUGGACAGUAAACUAGAAAUUGAAAACAUAGUGUUUUUGACGGAUGAUUUAGUCGAAGUGUCUUAUAAACAAAUUAACGAAUACGUCGGAAACGAGCAUAAUACCAACAUUUACAUAGCAGCGUUCACAACAUCAAAUGCCAGAUUAAAAUUGUAUAACAUGUUGGACAAUCUCGGUGAGAAAGUAGUGUAUUACGACACAGAUAGCGUAUUUUAUAUUUUCGAUGAUGUCGAAGUAAAGACAGGGUGCAUGCUAGGUGAAUGGACUGAUGAAUUAGGUCCAGGUGUACAUAUAACAGACUGGUAUGAAGAAAAUAAUGAACGACGAAAUAAAGGAGGUACAACUACAAUUUCAACAAAUAACCCGAAAUUCCAAAACUAA